GGAGAGCUCUGCCAGCGGCAAACGCUGCCGUGUUCUGCGUUCUUGUCUUCGGCAGCAGCGUUUCCCGGCUGUCCCGCCCGUCCCGAGGCGGUGCGAGGAGAGUUCCGCGGCUUCACCUCUCGGCUGCGGCCACUGCUGCUUCCCUCCAGCACCCCCCGCCUCUAGCGGGGCGCGGAGGCCAUGUUCCCGCUGGACUCCACCUGGAAUAUCUCCUUCGCCGGCUGCGGCUUCCUGGGGGUCUAUCACAUCGGCGUGGCCAGCUGCCUGCAGGAACAUGCCCCGUUCCUGGUCGCCAACGCCAAGAAGGUAUACGGCGCCUCGGCCGGGGCGCUCACCGCCACCGCCCUCGUCAGCGGCGCCUGCCUCGGUGAGGCUGGUGCCAGCAUUAUUCGUGCGUCAAAAGAAGCCCGGAAGAGGUUCUUGGGCCCACUCCAUCCCUCUUUCAACUUGGUGAAGACCAUUCGGAUGUGCCUGUAUAAGAUGGUGCCAGAGAAUGGGCAUGAGGUUGCAGCAGGACGUUUGGGUAUUUCCCUGACACGGGUCUCUGAUGGAGAAAAUGUGAUAUUGUCAGACUUCAAUUCCAGGGAGGAACUGAUCCAGGCCUGUGUCUGCAGCGCCUUUAUCCCUGUCUAUUGUGGGCUGAUACCUCCAACCUUGCGUGGAGUGAGAUAUGUUGAUGGAGGGAUUUCUGACAAUUUGCCCCAAUAUGAGCUGAAGAACACAAUCACGGUGUCUCCUUUCUCGGGAGAGAGCGAUAUCUGCCCACGGGACAGUUCCACAAACAUGCAUGAGCUGAGAGUCACCAAUACCAGCAUCCAAUUCAACCUUCGCAACCUCUACCGCCUCUCAAAGGCCCUGUUUCCUCCGGAGCCACAGGUGCUGCGGGAUAUGUGCAAGCAGGGCUAUCGAGAUGCACUGCAUUUCCUGAAGAAGAAUGGUCUCCUGAACCGUCCAAGUCCUGCCCGUCCUCUCCUUGCCAUAGAAGCACCUCCAGGAGAGAAGAAAGAGGAAGAAACUGAAGCUGAGGACCAACUAGAGGACAGCACUGCCCUUGCUGUUGUUGAAGAGCACAUCUUUGAACACUUGCCUCCCAGACUGAACCAAGCUCUCAUGGAGGCCUGUGCUGAAAGAAGAAAUUUCUUGACUGGCCUCAGCAAUAUGCUGCCUGUGCGUGUGGCCACAGCCAUGAUGGUCCCCUACAUGCUGCCUCUGGAGUCUGCAGUUUCCUUCACUGUCAGGUUGCUGGAAUGGCUCCCAGAUAUCCCUGAGGAUAUAAGAUGGAUGAGGGAGCAGAUGACAGAAAUCUGCAACUAUCUUGUGAAGAAAGCCAAGAAGAAACUGGGCAGCCAUCUUUCAGCCAGGCUUUACUACCACCUCGAGCUCGGAGGGCCCCAGAAGCUGCCAAUUUCUCCCCCGCCACCUUGUGGUGAAGCGCUGCCCAUGUGGAUGAGAAGCAACCGCUCGGUUUCUGAUGUCAUGAUGAAGUGGGAGGAGUACCAGCGCCAGCUCAUGCUGGGCUUGCUCUGCAUCAACGUGGACAUGCAAGCCUCCCUCUUCCCUCGGGAAGGGUUUCAGUUAAAGCUUCCACCUCUAGGCUGUGCAAAAGAGUGCCUGCCACUCUUCUGAGCCUGCCGCUGUCGGGGGAUGAGGGUGGGUGGGAAGGGGAAUGGACAAAGGGUGGGACCAGUCUCAUCCCUCAGCAGCAGGCUGCCCUGUGCUCCUGAAUAUGCUGCAAAGGGGAUUUCCCCGGGAUGGAGACUGGUGGAAUUGACUGUAGCCAUUUGUUGCCCACUGGGCCAAGCAAGGGACCUUUGUGUUCACACACACAGGCUGAUUCCUUGCUCUAGACUUGUGGUGAGGCGUGGCCAUUGCCUGUGGCCAGGCUGAUGCUGACCCAGCUGGGCUCUCCCAAGUAGUGCACUUUGAAUUGCCACUGGCUUUUUACCGCCAAAUAACCAGGAUGUAGAUGACGCUCUCAAGUUCAUACAGCUUUUACCUCCUUUGGUUUUUCAGAGCAUGUGUCUUGAUUCCUCUCCUUAAAUCAUUUGUCAACCCUUAGAUCUUUGUGCUACUGAAAGAUGAGGUAGCCUCUUGCCAAACCAAUUUUUCUCAUGGGUUUCAAAUCUCCUCUUGACUUUCUUCUUUGCUGAAACCAUGUCCUUUCCUCUCUCCCUCAAUUGUGUCCACACUGGAAGCUGGAGCUGGUCCUGCAGCAGACUACACUGGAACUGCAGAAGUGUAGAAAAUUUAUGUAUUUCCCCUAAUUCAUGUUGUCUUGGUCUCUCCCUUCUUGAUUGGGGUCCUCAGGGAACUGCUGUGACUUGAAUUCUGAGUGUUAAGUGAUUGAGCUUAUUUAAAGAAAUAAUUCUGACAGAUUUUUUUUCCAGGGAAACAUGCUGAAUUUGAGGUUCUAUUCCUGGCUGUGAAUGGAAUUGGUGUGGGGUUGCCCUGAAAAAAGCUCAGCCAGGCUAUCUCGGGAUCAUCUUAGCAGCUGAAGCAAUAUGAAGUACAUGUAGGAAGAUGAGAAUGGUGCAGGGAAUGUUAUUUUUCAGAGGUUUGUGGUGGAGUGUCACAGCAAGUGCUGGGGAAGUGGCUGUCUCUGACAGGGGUCAGUUGGGCUUUGCUCCUUAAGGGGCUGUAAAAUUGAGGCAAAUUCCAAGUGGGUGAUACAGAAUGGAUCUCCUGCCAAACUGAGGCUUCUAUCUCUCUUUUGGUCAGAAAGUUUGGUUGUUGAGGCUUUGGAGUGAGAAGGAUUUAGGCUUGGAGCUACAUAAGCAUCACAGCUUGCCUGUCUCAUGUUGUUGCUCACAGGUCCUGUCUGCAGCUAGGGGGAGCAUGAGAAGUGAAGAUUGUUGAUGCACGUGCAGCCACUUGGAACUGGCUCCUUUUUGUCUUGCUCCUUAAAAGACCAGAGCUAGUGGGUCUGUAGCAGAGCAAGGAGGCACUGCCUGCUCAGCAGUGAUCUGGCUGUGGCUUGUGUGAGAAGUAUGAAUUCCCUGUUCUUCACAGGGUGAAACAUGGCUUCCUGUGGGGAUUGCGUGGAUUUUAGCUUAGGUCUUCACACUCUGACAAACCCAGCUCCUGGUACCUUUUUCUGCUGCUUGUCUUGCUACUUGAGGCGUCUUCUACCUCUCCUAGCACCAAGAGUGUGCAAUGGCCAAAGCAAACAUAUGCUGUCUUUGCUGGGGAGCAGGACAGGGUAUCUGAAGCUGAUUAUGUAGCCUAUACAUGGCAUAGUGAUUUUUAAUAGACUCUGUUUUGCGCCUUAGAUUUAGGGAAAAUAAACCCAGAAGUUGUGCUAAUAACUGGAAAAAGCAGUAAAUCUUCUUGAGCAAUGUGGGUGAUGGGGUGGGUGCUGUUUCCUACAAGCACAGUUGUGCACUAGGCAUGGGUUUGGUGUUUGUGUGGAGACUGAUAAGCAUCAGGACUUUCCUGCAGUGGCUGUGCCAAGCUGGGAGGCAGUGGAGUGGGUCUCUGCCCAGGAGAUGCCAGUGCAAGAAUGAACUUGUGACUUAGAUUGUCACCCCACUGCUCUCACUGGAUGUAACUUAGAUCUAUAUAACACAAGGGCCUGUGUAUCUUACAAAGCAGGCCUGCACUUAUGCAGUCAGAUUUAGUCUUAAGCUUUGCAUAAUUAAGUCAGUUAGGGAACAGGGAAGUCACUACAGGAAGAGAAAAAUGGGAGGAUUCUGAAAUCAGUAUAGAACAUUCAGUUACAAAACAAGUCAAUCUUGUGAUUGUUUAAAGCCCACAGAAAAAAAAUGCUAGGUGCUAGUGGAAGUGAACCAGCAACAAUCUACUGUCACUUAGUGGGGGCAGGAUGAAUUGAUGAAAAUUGGAACUGAGAAAAGG